UUCUGUGGCGCGUCCUUCCAUCGCCGAUUCUACAGGUAUUCCUUCGAAAACCCUGCCGGCGCGAUCUUCGACUGCGGCGAAAUCCGACUGGUCACUGAUCUUUACUCCGAAGCCUUGGACGGAGAUUUCGCGGUCUUUUCGGGCAAGCCACGGACUGUUUCUUGAGCCCUAGCUGGGCCCUGCUUUCUCAAAUCUGUUACCGGGCGAAAUGCUGCCGGAGGAGAUGGUCGCUGUGAGCAGCAUAAAGCAGUCGAGGAAGGAGAAGCGUAAAGCUCUGAAGAAGUUAAAGAGAAAGCAGGCUCGAACAGAUGCGGCAAUCAGGGAGAGGGAGGCAGAGGAAUCCCGCUUAAACGAUCCGGAGGAGCAGCUCCGGCUCAGAUUACUAGAGCAGGCGGAGGCAGAGAAGGCAGAGAGGGAGAGGAAGGAGUUUGAGGAGCGGGAGAGGCUUUGGCUUGAGGCCGCCGCCGGCAGGAAAAAGCUCCUUGAGGAUGAAGAUAGGAUGGCGCUGACAGAAAAUGCCUGUGGAUUGGAUGCUGAUGAUGAGUAUGAGUCUGUUGAUGAAGGGCUAGCGGAGAUCAUUUGGCAAGGGAAUGAGAUUAUCAUUAAAAAGAAAAGGGUUAAGGUUCCAAAGGGAAUUACUGAACGAAUUCAAGACAAAGAGGAUGAUGACAGACCCACAUCAAAUCCUCUUCCUCCUCAAUCUGCUGCUUUUGCAUCUUAUGUACAGGGUGAAACAGCACAAGAAAUGAUUGAUAGUGUUGCACAGCAGAUUCCAAAUUUUGGAACUGAACAGGAUAAGGCUCAUUGCCCUUUCCACUUGAAGACCGGAGCCUGCCGUUUUGGGUCUCGUUGCAGUAGAGUUCAUUUUUAUCCUGAUAAGUCCUGCACAUUACUCAUAAAAAACAUGUAUAAUGGACCAGGCCUUACUUGUGAACAAGACGAGGGGCUUGAGUAUACAGAUGAAGAGGUUGAGCGUUCUUAUGAAGAAUUUUAUGAGGAUGUGCAUACAGAAUUUUUGAAGUUCGGUGAAAUUAUUAAUUUUAAGGUUUGUAAGAACAGUUCCUAUCAUCUACGAGGAAAUUUAUACGUGCACUAUAAAUUACUUGAAUCUGCAAUUCUUGCCUUCAAUACCAUGAAUGCUCGUUACUAUGCUGGAAAACAGAUAAUUUGUGACUUUGUUGGUGUAACAAGAUGGAAGGUUGCCAUUUGUGGUGAAUACAUGAAAUCCAGGCUAAAGACUUGCUCGCAUGGAAGCGCCUGCAAUUUCGUUCAUUGCUUCCGCAACCCUGGUGGAGAUUAUGAGUGGGCUGACUGGGAUAACCCUCCGCCUAGAUACUGGAUCAAGAGGAUGAUUUUCUUAUUUGGUACUUCGGCAGAAUCAGGCUAUGACAAAGAAUUGGAAUCACAGGAUCAUAGAAGGCACACAGAACCAAAAAGGGUCUGGAAAUCCAACAACGACAGGCAUCAAUCAGAAAGGUUUCAUAAUAAGGAAAUAAAUUUGAGCAAUAGCAGUUCUGAUGGAGAACUGAAUUCAAAGCUUCGAUACACGAAACAUUCAAUAAAAGCAGAGCAUUCCGCUAAAAGAAGAGGACACCUUGUUUCAGAAGAUAAGAAUGAGCAGCCUUCUGAGCGCCACAGAUCUGAAGACCGAUUCUAUUCAAAGAAUUACUGCUCUCACAGCGAUGAAGCUGUUGAAAGUACAUCCAAGGAAAUGAAUCAUGAUUCGUGCAGGAAUCAUAGAAGAUAUGCUGUAAAUAUUCCACCAGAACGUGCUGGAAGACAUGAGAGAAGAUCAUCAUCCAGUAGGAGAAAGAGGAAGGUAUAUUCAGAAGAGCAGGAGAAUUCAGAGUCCAAACCCCGCAAGAAACUCUACAGAACGAAUUCGAAGGAUCAGGGCUCGACGAAUGGGGAUUUCAAUGAGAAAUAUUCAUCUGAGGAUCAUGAUGAAGAUGAAGAUUAUGACGUGGCUAGAUAUCGUUAUCAUAGUCAAUCUGGCAAUAGAAGAAAAUAUGAUGAACAUAGUUCGCGGCGGCGCAGAAGUCAUCAGUUGCCUGAACAUCGACGUAUGGAAGAAAGCGAUGAAUCUCCUGGUCGCUGGAAAGCUUCCGAGCAUGAUUUUCUUGUUGAGGAAACUUAGUCGAUCUUUCAUUUCUUAGCAGUUAUGUGAUGUGGAUGAGUUUGUUGAGUACUGAUUGAGAUUUGAGAUUGGAGGGCUUGUAAAAUGAUUAGUAGAAGCUACAGGAGUUUUGUGAAGUGCCUGGUGAUGUAAUUGAAAGCAUUUCAAAAUAUGGUGUCAUAGAUUCACGUUGA